AUGUACAAAGCCAAAAUCUUGCAAAAAAUCAAAUCGGUGGCAGAAGCCCAUAAGAAUAAAGCCAAUGACGAGUCCUUCGUUGGAAGUAGCGGCAAGAAACUUGCCAAGGGUUAUACAGCUCAACUCGAACAAUUCCGUAAGGUCUUCGACUUCAAAAAGUUAGGCUUCAGAAGUCUUAAUAAGAAACCAAAAGAAGACGCCAUCAUUGAUCAUCAUAACUUGACGUUGGAAGACUUCUCAUAUGAAGAGAUCACAGCAAACUACAGAUCCGCAUUUGUUGAUCCUGGUCGAAAGGCCGUAUUUACAGCAGCGAUCGGGUUAGAAACAGAAAGACAUGAGAUACGACGCUGCUCAACAAAAGAAUAUUACCACAUGACGGGUAGUACUCGUAUCAAUACAGAAUUAGAAAGGAAAAAAGCCAAUUGUACGAUAAAAGAUAUAGAAAGCAAUAUACCGAGUUGCAAAACAGGCUCGCCUGAACAUUAUAAAAUAUAUACUACUUAUAUACUGCAACUUUUAGGCACUCUGUUCUCAUUUUACGGGUCUGAUAUGGGUGAAACAAGAUUCCGUCUGUAUCAAGGGCAGCAAGCGUGCUGCAGAUACAAUGUCGAACAUGCUUGUUGA